CCUGGCUGGUGACCACAUGAAAUAAUUAACUGCUCAGUGGCCUUCACCCAAUCCCAGGCUCCACUCCUGGGCCACAUUCCCACUGCCUGUCUCCUAGGCCACUAAACUGUGGCUUCCUCUGAAGUAAGGCAAGGGGGACUGCAGAGCAGAGCAGAAACCUGAACCAGACAGAGAACCACCUCCACUCCCAGGGACUGACAUGGCCCAGCCGAUUACAACACAGCUGCUGCUGCUUCUGGUGUGGGGGUCUGCAGUGUGGGCAGCCCGGCCCAGGACUGAGCUUCUCAAUGUCUGCAUGGACGCCAAGCACCACAAGGAAAAGCCAAGCCCUGAGGAUAAGCUGCAUGAGCAGUGCAGUCCCUGGAAGAAGAAUGCCUGCUGCAACGUCAACACCAGCCAGGAAGCCCAUAAGGAUAUUUCCUACCUGUACAGAUUCAAUUGGGACCACUGUGGCCAGAUGGAGCCCAACUGCAAGCGCCACUUCAUCCAGGACACAUGCCUGUAUGAGUGCUCCCCCAACCUGGGGCCCUGGAUCCAACAGGUGGACCAGAGCUGGCGCAAAGAGCGGAUCCUGAAUGUGCCCCUGUGCAAAGAGGACUGUCAGAGCUGGUGGGAAGACUGCCGUACCUCCUACACCUGCAAGAGCAACUGGCACAAGGGCUGGAACUGGACCUCAGGGUCUAACCAGUGCCCAGUGGGAGCUGUCUGCCAACCCUUCCAUGUCUACUUCCCCACGCCUGCUGCUCUAUGCAAUGAAAUCUGGAGUCACUCCUACAAGGUCAGUCAAUAUAGCCAAGGAAGCGGCCGCUGCAUUCAAAUGUGGUUCAACCCAGCCCAGGGCAACCCCAAUGAGGAGGUGGCGAAGUUCUAUGCUGAGGCCAUGAGUGGGGCUGGGCUCCGUGGGGCCUGGCCUCUCUUGCUUGGCCUGGCCCUAGUGCUGCUCCAGCUGCUCAGCUGAGCUCCUUUUACCUUCUGAAACCUGGACAUCCUGGCCCUGUUCAGCCCCACAGCUCCCAGCUAUUCAGUUCCUGCUCCAUGGUGGGAACUCUGAGAGUUUGAAUAAACAAGAUACCCCACAAGUGAAGUGUGAAUUAUUUGG